GCCCUCAGAGGAACAGAUUCACCAUCAACAAACACUCAACAGCAAGAGGCCCACACUGAGAAGCACCGCUUGAUCCUUCUGCAGGGGAACGAAAACUCACUCUGAUUUUUAAGACUUGACAAAAAACUAAUUUAAUCUUUGUGAGGGUGGAUUUGAUCAAAUAUUCUACGAGAGCUGAAGAAAAACCAACUUUGACCAGGAUGAAGUACUAUCAGUGUCCCGUGUCCCAGACCAUAGGAAUCAAGGUUUACUCCCAGGACUGUGGAGUCCCAGUCAGCUGUAAAAGCUCUGCUUCUCUCAAGCCAAUCCGCAGCGUGCACUUCCCCAAUGACAUCGUUUUCCAGGACUAUGUUCGACAUGGUGAACUGGAGAGAAUCGGAUGCUUCAUCCGAGCCAGGAGAGUCAACCUGGAUACCAUCUACCACUCUGGCAUGGCUGCCAUCCACGAGGCCGUCCUGUCUGGAAACCUGGAGUGUGUGAAGUUGCUGGUCCACUAUGGGGCAGAUAUCCACCAGAGGGACGAGGAGGGAUGGACCCCACUGCACAUGGCCUGCAGCGACAGCUUCCCACACAUUGCACGGUAUCUUCUCUCGCUGGGUGCUGACCCCGAGCUGGAGAACGACUGCGGAGAGAAGCCGGCUGACCUCAUUGACCCAGACAACAAGGAGCUGCUGGAGCUCUUUGGCUUGGCUGUCAAUGGCUGAGAACAUUUUGCUUUUAAAGCCCAGAAAGUCUGAAGCCUACUGCCCAGUCACCUUACUGUUCUGCAGGGAUGGGCAGAAAGGGCAACAUCAGUCCAGCAACCUGAUUUUGGGAGCUGCCUAAGUUCUCGAGGCCAAGGACAGUGGAUAUGUGGUAGAGGGAGGGCUGACAGAGGCUGUUGGCUUCCUCCUUAAUGGAGUGAACCUUUGCUGGUAGGGGCUGGCCUCUGAUCUCCAGCAGUACAGAUUUACUGUAUCCUGUAAGCGCUUCAGAUAUUUAAAUACUGUAGUGACCUGAAAGAUCAUUUGAUUUGGAGUUGUUGAUUUUAUUUGGCAUGUCGCUGGAGUUAAGAGGGCUUCUUAAUGUUGUGAAACUUGAAACUGUUGCUGCCGCUCAGCUCAUUAGGGCCUCUCUGAAAGCUAAGAUUAGCAAAACCAAACCAGGAUGUGACAACUGCCUUUAGAGCAAAUGUUUGCAACUGACCAGAAGUUAGAAGAUUUUUAAUUCUUCCAGGUGUCUGGUCGCUAAAGCUCUUAGUUAACUGUAUUCAUUACUGAGUUUUUGUAUUUGACUUUUUUUUGUAUAUGACUUUUUAUACUUUUUCAAAAUAAAGUUUAUCAGACAAUA